CUUUAAACCUUGAAUACUAAGAUAAAAGAUAUCUCACAAGGUUUAACGAGCAUAUUAAUUCAAUAACAGCAGUUUCAAAAAGCCGAGCCCUACUAGUCAGAAGCCCUCGGUGAACAUCUGUCUUCGAGGCUCUAUUGUCAGACCCAAGUAUAAAGGGAGUGCUUGCUCAGGAUUUCUCUUUCGCUGUGUCUUGGAACAGGAGUAUCUAUCGAAUUUACACCUCUCUAUCGCACAAAAAAAUCUUGACAUAACAACCAGCAAAGAAGCACUAGAACCGACUUGUUGUACUGUGUCGUGUACAUUAUGGCGAGAGGCGACGACGCUCUUGCUGGACGAAAAGAGAGCAUCAUCCCAAGUCAUCGGUUCCCUCCGGUAGAACACGACAGGGCGAUUUGCUUCAAAGGCUUAUACCUAUUCAUCCACGACGAAGAAACAUGCCACUUCACAUUUCAAUUUGAUGAGGACAUUGAGGAGAGCCAAUACGUGGAGCAUGAUGUGCCUGCCGGUUACUCUAUUUUCACCAGAGGCGCCAGCGUGUAUUUUUCCAAGAUUUAGGACGUCAAGACUUCAGGUUGGAGCCCGAAGACAUCAUUCGAAUGAUGUCCACCGUUGUUAGCAGCCCAGAUAGCAAAGGAUGUAUCCUAAGUAUUGUCCUUAGGGAACAGAGUAGCCAAAUACGUUAUUGUUGCCAUCAUCUAUUCUCUUUCCCAUUUCCAGAGUCAACUAUUGUGUAUUAUAUUAUAGUAUAGUUCGGGCGUAUUCGAAAUGUUACUAGCUAGGG